GUGUGCAGUUUUGAAUAUCAUUCAUCAUUUAAAUCUGAUGAUUGGUGAAGUUUUAGAUGUAUAUUGCGGCUUUAAUAAUAUACAAAAAGAGAAUGCAAAGCAGAUGAAAACGAGAUCAGAGGCGCCGCGACUGUGUCCGUACUUGGACACGAUUAAUCGACAGUUUUUGGAUUUUGAUUUUGAAAAAUUGUGUUCUGUAUCAUUGUCCAGGAUCAAUGUAUACGCUUGUCUGGUUUGCGGCAAAUAUUUUCAAGGCAGAGGAACUAAUACCCAUGCCUACACACACAGUGUGGCCGAGAGUCAUCAUGUCUUUCUUAAUUUACACACGCUCAAGUUUUAUUGUUUACCAGACAAUUAUGAGAUAGUGGAUUCGUCUCUGGAUGACAUCAAAUACGUGUUAAAUCCAACUUUCGACAAGAUGCAAAUAGCCCAAUUGGACAAGAGCGAUAAGCAGUCUAGAGCGAUCGACGGCUCCAUGUACUCGCCGGGAAUAGUAGGAAUGAAUAACAUAAAAGCAAAUGAUUACUGCAAUGUCAUUUUACAGGCGCUUUCGCACGUUACACCUCUGAGAAACUUCUUUUUACGAGAGUCCAACUAUUCCCACGUGAGGAGACCACCUGGUGACUCAUCGUAUCUCUUAGUACAAAGGUUCGGAGAGCUUAUGCGUAAAUUAUGGAAUCCACGUAACUUCAAGGCGCACGUGAGUCCUCAUGAGAUGCUGCAAGCGGUAGUUUUGUGGAGUAAAAAAAGAUUUCAGUUCACGGAGCAAGGUGAUCCGGUGGAUUUUUUAUCAUGGUUUUUAAAUGCUCUCCAUCUGGCAUUAAAUGGCACGAAGAAGCGUGAUUCUAGCAUAAUUUAUAAGACAUUUUUGGGUCAUAUGCGGAUAUAUACGCGGAAAAUUCCACCGUUGGAAUUGGAGGAGAGCCAGAGAAGCGAGUUAUUAAACACGGUGGAGUAUGGCGAGACUGUGACGGAAAGUCCGUUUUUAUAUCUCACUUGCGAUCUCCCGCCGCCUCCGUUAUUUAAGGAUCAAUUUACGGAGAAUAUUAUUCCACAGGUAAAUCUAUACACGCUUCUGAACAAAUUCAAUGCCGUCACUGAGAAAGAAUAUAAAACUUACAAGGAAAAUUUCAUGAAAAGAUUUGAGAUUACCGAAUUGCCACCAUAUCUCAUACUUUACAUAAAAAGAUUUACAAAAAAUACAUUUUUCGUCGAAAAAAAUCCAACAAUCGUGAAUUUUCCCGUUAAAAAUGUCGAUUUUGGAGAUAUUUUAACACCGGAAGUAAAAGCCAAACAUUCGUGCACGACGUACGAUCUGGUAGCUAAUAUAGUACACGAUGGUGAACCUGGCCAAGGAACGUAUAGGGUCCAUAUUUUGCAUAGAGCCACUGGUCAAUGGUAUGAAUUGCAGGAUUUACAUGUCACGCAAAUCUUGCCGCAAAUGAUCACUCUCACUGAAGCAUACAUACAGAUUUAUGAAUUAAGGCAAGACACGCACAUGGAAAACGGAGAUGAUAAAAAUAAGAAAAUUAUAUAAUACGCUUGAAUUGAAACACGAAAAUAUAAAAAUAAAAGUUUAUACUUUACCUAUACAGACUUUGCUUAGAAUCCUAUAUAAAUGAGAAAGGCUCGAUCAGUGUAACUGACUGGUACUGAUUGGCUUCACUAUUUUCUCUACAUACAUACGUAUGUAUAGUUAGGCAGAAAAGGGCCGGUUAGAAAACGAAAACGAAGUUUUCUUUCUUCAUAUAACUGCAGUCAUUUUCUCUGUAGAUAACAUUCAUACAUGUUCAGUCAUGUAUCUCUCUUUUACAUAUGACUCUAAUUUUCUGAGUUUUCUAUAAUAAGCUUGCAAUAUUUUGCAACUUUUAUUUUUCUCAGUUGUCUCCAUUACUCGU